GCGGCGCUCGCCUUAACACAAUUCCAGUACUGAGGGGGUCCCCUCCUCUUGGGGUCUUCCUGAAUGAAGUAGCAGUGGGCAGCUUCAGGUGCCAUGCUGCUAUAGUGUGGUGACCAGGGCGGCACACAACACGCCAGAGGUGGGUCACCCUUAGUCACACCGGCGGUCUCACGUGUGCAGGCGGAGGCUGACCCUGGCCAGCCGAGUCAAGUGACUCCCGAGUGUCAGAGACCCCUGGGAUGAGGAGGGUUCAACACCUGGGUGGGCAUGCUGCUUGUGGACCAUCACCACAGUCACCCGGUCCUGCUCUGCUUCUGCCACCUCCUUUUGUCUGGACGUCAGGAGAUGCCCACUUGUGCCGAAUCACAGUAUUCGCAGGGGGACGCUGGUGCAGCCAGCAGGAGGCGCUCUCGAUGCCGGUGGCUGCUGCUCUACACCUUGCUCAAGAACCCCGGGCUCAUCGUCCACCGCAAGAAGAAGGACGGCCAGCAGGCCAGCAGCCUGAUUCGGGUGGCCCUGUCCAGCGUGCUGUUGUCCCGGCGAUGGGAGGGCUCAGCGGCUGAGGAGCGUGCCAACGGGAGCGCGUGACGGGACCACGUGUCAGAUGCGGAGUGUCCGCGGCUCCUCAGGGCGUCUUCCAGCACGUGGCCCUGAAAUGAACGCCCACCACAUGUUGAAAAGUCGACUGGGGGUGCAGGACAAGUAAGGCCUGGCAAUGAAGCCCCUUAGUGGAAGAAGAGCGGGUAGGGUGAGUUUUCUGCCCAGCGCCCACCUGCUGCUCUUUGCCUGCCCACCCUGUCCAUUGGACUGGUGUUGCCCCCUGCUGGCCGGCCGGCCUGUCACACUGCAUGUUGGUCCCGCGGACUCACGUUGGCCUUUCGUGGGUGGGAGCCGCGGUCGGUCAGUCACGGCGUCGGGUCUCGUGCCCUCACAUUAAAGCUCAAUUACGG